AUGCCUCCCAAGCGUGUCGUCCAACCAGCUGGCCGUGGCCGCGAAGCCGAUGGCAUUUUCAACAUCGCAUACAAGGAAGUCACCAACCCAGAGAAUGCGACCAUCGUCAGGAGUGUUGUUAUCUUCGGUGCCGCAGUUGCAUUCUUCCACAGCAGUUUGAGCGAGUUCCUCAUUCCUCCGUAA